AUGUGCGUUUGCAAGGGAUGGCGUUCUUCGAUGGAAGGUUAUACGAAAAGCCUUACACGACAAAAAGUUGUGGCUCUAACUCACUCGAAAACUGGGCUGUCUUUUCAAUCCAUCGACCAACAAGGCUAUAUCAAAAGCGUUCGUAAACCAUGGAAAAAGAUUGGAUCUAAUAGUAGUAUUCGCAUCGAUGGUUCGUGUAAUGGGUUGUUACUUCUAGAGAUCGACGAGGAUUUGUUAUUGUGGAAUCCGCUCACCGGGUAUUCGAAGAAAGUUCUAGCAUACGAGCCCUUGCGUGAUGAGGAAUAUCGUGUUGUUUCUGGGCUAUGCUUUGAUUCCUCGAGUAAUGAGUACAAGGUGGUAAUGGCACUUUCUCAUAGCAGUCCUGAUUAUGGUGGUGAAUUCGUAGUAGUUGGUAGUUUUCGAAACAAAACUUGGACUAGAGUUUCCUUCUCAUUCUGUGCUUCUGAUGUGCAUUCAGGGCCUGUUUUGAAUGAAAAUCUGCAUUGGUUUUCCUCUAAGAAUCAUAGCUUCCUUUCAUCCCACCAGAUCGUGUUCUUUGAUCCGUUGAUUGAUGAAUUCAGGGAGGUACCAAUGCCAGAGCCCAAGAAUGGAGAUGGAGAUAUUUUACUUGGUAUAGGAGUUCUUGAUGGAUGCCUUUGUAUGGCUCGUUUCGACCAUCCUGGAAAUUUUGAAGGUAAUGUGGAGGUGCUGGUAAUGAAGGAAUAUGGUAUGCAAAAUUCUUGGGCUAUUAUGUUCAGCAUAUCAAAUUCGACUGGAUUAUUUCAUUCUUAUGAUCGGAUAGAGCCAUUGUGUUCUACAAAGAAUGAUGAAGUUUUAGUGAAUAUUUUCUUAAGGGGUAAGAGGAGGCAUAAUAUAUGGGCAUGCAAUUCUAAUGACAACUCGCAUAGGGAAAUUCCAUUUUCUGUCAAUCAUCAUUGCUUAAUUGAUGCAGUUAUGUAUGAGGAAAGUUUGGAAACACCGCCUAACUACAGUUGGGAAGAUGAUGAGUUGAGAGGGGAAGCAACAUAUGAUGAAAUUUUUCUUUGCCGCUCUCCUCGAAAAUUGAAAAAGGUAAUGGAUUGCUGGGUAUACGUGGAUUUUCAACAAUAUGAACAUUCAGAAUCGAAAAAGUUGGAAGUAGAAGUAGAGUUGGAAGACUUGGAUUCUUAUUUAGAACCGCAAGAGCUGUUAACGGAUCCAUGGUAUGUCUGUGAGGACUAUAUUAUAUGCUAG